CACAGUGAGCAGGUUGAUGCUGAUGAAACUCAUCUGUUCAGUGAGCUCCAACCAGAGCCAUGGGGAGUACCCCGACUGCCGGAGCGAGAGGGAGUCCGGAGGGGAGGCGUCUCUGCUGGUGUCUCCUCUGGUGGUGGCCGGCAUCGUCAUAGGCCUCGUCCUCUUCCUGUCCUGCAUCACCAUCAUCGUCGGCAGCCUGCGCAAAGACAGCCGCCUCCGAAACCCUCACCUUCGAGCCAGCUACGGACCAGACGGGUUCUCCUUCGGAGGUUCUGCUGGAGAACUGAGGUCCAGCUGCUUGGAGGACUUUCCUCCUGGUUUGGACUUUGACUCGUACAGAGAGACUCUGUCACAAAUCAACAGCUUGUAUCCCGACUCACCACCACGGUAUGAUGAGUGUGUCGGAACUGGUUCCGCUCAGAUCUACCUUCCUACCGACGACCCGCCUCCUUACUCCCUUCUGGACCCCUGCCAGGUGGCACCAGAGCAUGAGGAGGAGCUUCCUGGUGACUCUGGUCCAGACCCGCCUCCUCGCUGUGGGCGGAGCUCAGCCGGCGCCGCCUGGAUUUCCCCGUCCCGCUACCCGGUGGCGCCGCUGGACCACCAGCACGUCGCCUCCAUCUCCUUCCCACUGGAGGCAGUACCGCCGUAUGAGGCAGUGCUGGCCGAGCAGGGGCAGCCCCUCCCCCUCGGGCCAUGUGACCUUUACAAACACCAAUCAGAGCGGAGGGACGACGGCCAGCAGCUGCCAGCCAGCAGCAUCCUGUAG